AUGGCUCUCUUUCGUCCUCCUAAGCGGACCCAAAAGGUCAUCCCCGCCAAGCCUACCAAAGGCCACUUCUUCUUCGCAGGCAAAGAAUUCCAACGUCUCAAAUGGUGGAAGAGACGUAACAUGCGAACUCUGUAUUUCUACAUUGUUAUCCUGAUUCUCACCAACACUGCCAAUGGAUUCGAUGGUUCUAUGAUGAACGGUCUCCAGACUCUGUCGUACUGGCAAGAGUACUUCAACCAUCCACGUGGCUCCACUCUCGGCUUCUUCAACGCUUCCAUGAGUCUUGGUUCUCUCAUCGGUCUUUUCAUCGUUCCUUACAUGAUUGAUCGUCUCGGUCGAAAGAUGGGUGUCAUCAUCGGCUGUGUCAUCAUGCUUCUCGCCGUCGGUCUACAAUCUGGAGCUCGAAACUUUGGCAUGUUCGUCGCAGCACGUCUCCUCCUCGGAUUCGGCGACUGCAUUGUUCUUGGUUCUGCUCCUCUUCUCAUCGCUGAGAUUGCUCAUCCGCAAGAUCGUGCCGUUCUUGUGACUCUCAGUGGAGCAUCUUACCACUCUGGUGCUUUUAUCUCCAGUUGGGUCACGUACGGUACUCUUCAGAUCAAGAGUGAUUGGUCGUGGAGACUGCCUAGUCUUCUCCAGUCUAUCUGCAGUGUUAUCAUCCUUGUUGGAAUCUUUUGGAUGCCUGAGAGUCCUCGUUGGUUACUCAGCAAGGAUCGACAUGAUGAGGCGCUUAAGGUGCUGACUCAUUACCAUGCUGAGGAUGAUGUCGACGAUGAGUUUGUCCAGCUUGAGUUCAGCGAGAUCAAGGCUGCUAUCGCUCUUGACAAGGAGGCUGGUCAGACUGGUUGGACAGAUUUCCUGAAGACCAAGGGUAACCGCAAGAGAAUCGGUCUCAUCACCGCUCUUGGUUUCUUCAGUCAGUGGAGUGGCAAUGGUCUCAUCUCUUACUACCUCAAGGGUAUCAUGGACGCUGUCGGCAUUACCAAGGCUGAGACUCAGCUGGGUAUCAACGCUGGUAUGAAGACACAAGGUCUUAUCAUCAACACUGCUUUCGCGUUCUUCAUCGAUUACUUCGGUCGUCGUCCCAUUUACCUGACCUCGACCAUCGGAACUUGUGUCAUCUUCAACUUCUGGACGAUUGUCUCGGCUCGAUACGAGAUUGAUCCCAACAAGGCUCUGGGCUAUGCCUUUGUCGCAUUGACUUUUAUCUACGGUCUCUUCUACGAUGUCAAGUCUGGUCUCAUGGCCAACUACACCACCGAGAUUCUUCCCUAUGGUCUUCGUGCCAAGGGUUUCACAUGGCUCAACUUCUGCGUCACCCUCGCCUUAUUCUUCAACCAGUACAUCAACGGUAUCGCUCUCGAUGCCAUGGGCUGGAAGUACUACUGCGUCUACUGCGUGUUCCUCGGUUUCGAAGUAUACAUCAUUUAUUUCUUCCUCAUCGAGACACGAUACACACCCAUGGAAGAAAUCGCGCAGUACUUCGAUGGCGACGAUGCUGUUGAUGUUGGAGAGGUUGCUCGUGCGGAUAUGAAGGACAGAGGGAUUGACGUUGAUGGCGACGAGAAGGGAGCUCAUGCUACUACUAUUGAGAGAUUGGAGAGUCAGAAGUAG